GUGUACUUCAUAUUACGUAGUUUUUCGCGAAAUACCUUUUUGUCAACACAAAUGCUGCUUCGGAGUUAAUAAUUGCGAUACAUUUAUAUUUAGUGAUUUCACAUCGGACGUUUCAUUAGGCGACUAACAAACGUGAGUAACCGCGUCAUUUCCGGUGUCUCGCAAAAGUGAAGACAAAAAGUACGCUAUAGUAUUUUUUGUCGUCUUUUUUCGGGUUUUGUUUUGACAUGUGUGUAGGCUGCCAUAUUGGAUUACUGCAUCCGUCUUAAACGAGGCACACAUUUCCACAGAAAACGUUUUAGGAGUUAGGGAGCAUGGAAGGUGAAUCAUCAACCGUGUGGAGCAGCUAAGGUCGGGCUGUUGUCGCCUCAUGGCGCGCGCUGGCACACAACGCUGGAGGAAUCCUGCUCCAGAAGGUGACGAUGUGCAACGAUCGAUUGAGCUGCUGGACAAAGUGCUCUCAGAAUACGACGAGCACGAAACCGAGGAGGAAGGUGGCGGCGGAGGCGUCGGACUUGGCGAUUGCGGCAGCAGUACGGAACCUAGUAUCGGCCUCACGCCAGACGACGAGAGCCCCUCCUUAGGGCAUCAGUCAGAGGACGACGGAUAUAUGAGUAUGAAUGGACGGAAAACGAAGAUGGCGUUAGUAGCACUACGUCCGGUUCCAGACUGUCCUGAACCACAGGAGUCUGCAGGAGUUACCGCCCCCGAGUUUCCUCCGCCACCGGAAGAGGCCGAACGCAUUAUCUCAACGCUUCUCCCUAUGGUUUCUCCAGGAAACUCGUCAAAGAGAAGUGCUCAAUCGUCUGGUCGUCGAAGUGGUCGACAGCAAUGGAUGGCUGCAAUGGAAGAAUGCAAUCGGCACGGACAAGCUGUAACCACGCAAACCACCCUACCAAAAACUAGACACCAACGUCCAUAUGGUUGGGAGAACGGAAGUGUGGAACCGUUCCGACUGGCGGAUCCCCCAAGUCCUCCAAGCAAAUUUGCUAGUCUCCCCUUCAAUGGCAAAGUCUCCUUCAACUGGAUUCCCCCGAGGACGAAUCCAAAGGCGAUAGAGAAGCACCGAGAAGUCAGGCGUCGUUCUUCAGAAGAAGGUCUCGACCGGAAGCACCCGAGUCCCGAGAAAGACCGAUCAACCCACCUUCGCAAACAGAGACAAAAUGAAAUAAUGAAGUCGAGUAGCGUUGAGGACAGGCUCUUAAUGAAUCACAACGGCUCAGAUUCAUCAUCUUCCAGAAGAAGGAACAACUCCGACUCGAGUGAAGGCCGUUUCUCCAGGAACUCGGAGUCUGAACGAUCUUCCAUUCCUCGUUCCAGUUCCGUUAGUGUCGAGAGGUUCUCCAUGAGAGCAAAUUGCGACUCCUCAGAUUUCUCCAGAGCAAACUCCACCUCCAAUGAGAGGUUCCACUCGGACUUUUCGAUAGCGGUCGCGAGUGCUAGUUCGAAUGACCACGACAUCGACGAUGUAGAUAUUGCCAACUCAGAUCCUUUCAACAUCAGGAAUCUCGAUUUUGCUUCCUUCUCUCUACCCCGAGCCGAAUCGGCCGAGAGGUUCUCGACUCAGACGUCCGACAGGUGCUCGGAGGAACGAUACUCGGACAGGUUCUCGACGAGGAACUCGGACUUUUCGACGAGAAACUCGACUGAUUUCAGGACCCAGUCGGAGGAGGAACACUUCUCGGACGACUCGCUCGAGGAGUUGCUUCCACCGCCGCCUCCAAUUAGCAAAAGGCACUCGAUUGCUUGGGAAGUGUCGCUGGAGGAGGAUCCUCUUUAUGCACCGGGAAGUACCAAAGUUGUGGGCAGAAGACGACGAAAAAGUAGCGACGUCUCUAGUGUUGGGUCAGCAUCCAAGCUCCGAGACUUUGACGACUGGCAAGACCCUCGAGUUUCAACAACAGACGACGACCUGAUAUCUCCAUAUUCCGAUUCCUCAACGACUGAUCUCGAUCAAAUACGGCCUCAGGAUCUCUCGAAGAACGGAACUUACGUGAUUCGCAAAGGGCGAAAGAAGGAGAGGAAGAAUUUACCGAAUUCGCCGACGAGAACGAAGACCCUGUCAUUUGACGAUCACGACGAGAAUCGCCUUUCGGAGACAAAGCGCUAUUCCAGUACCUUCGACAACAUCACGAGUCUCCUGAAAGAGGGCAGACUCGAGGGUCUAAACGACCCCCCAUCCGAUUUCACACCACCAGUGCCACCGGAUUUAGUUCGCGUAGUUUCCCUUCCGGCCAUAAACAACGAGACAGGAAGCAAAAGCCAACUCGAAAUUACGGUCGAGGAAGAAGAGAAUUCCGAUCUGUCCGACAAGGAGAAGGAGAUAAAGAAUUUGAAUAAAAUUUCCCCUCGCUUGCAUGUCGACGAUGUUGAUGCUUGUGUUUUCCCAGACAGGGGAAAAGAGUGCAACGGUGGCCCUAUCUCAAUGUCCAUCUCGAAAAGUUUGGAUGCUAAAAUCGCCGUCAACCUCUUCCUCGAGAACAUCCCACCAAGGAAAUCGUCAAACGAACGUCGUUUGGACUCCAAGAUUCCGCUAAAUCUUCUCAUUGAGGAUCAGAUUGUAAAGAAGGCCCUCAACGAAAAUCGUCGACAGUUGGAAAGAGUAAGCGACGCGAUUAAGGAAAUUGAGAGCGUGAAGAACAGCGAGUCUUACAUUGAUAGCAAAAGGUGGAGGAAUGGAGAUGUUAGGUCUAGUUCCAAGAGAAACAGUUAUGAGAAUGAUCAGGAUAAGAGGAUUCCGGAAAAUCCAUUUGAUAAUCGUCCCAAGAAACAACAUAGUUCCGACUCUGAAAACUCGAAGACGUCCAGCUCUGAUAUCGAUUUCGAUCGGAGAAAACUCAACGGGACGGAGGUUUAUUCCUCUGGAAGGAGAUCUAGACAAAAUGGAAUCGAGAGCCAUAAUAAAAACGAUCAGAAGCAGAUUGAGAAUGUUAUCGACGCCAUUCUCGAGGAUUCGAAAAAUCCGGAAUUCCAGGUUAGCGUCGAGGUUCUCGAAUUCCCGCCUCUGCCACCUUCGCCGGUUGAAGAAGCUGACGAGGAAAGUUCUGACGUUGGCAACAGUGCCGUGAUUUCAACGAAAUCAAAAACUCAUAAUAAUCGAACGGUUGAUUACAGACCGCGAGUACCUCCUCAUCGUGGCCUUAGUACCGAAUCCAGGGAUCUUCAAAAUUCUCUAAACACUAGGUCUAUGGACGCCGGAUAUUCAAGAAGCCGGCGAACACCCACUGCCAGCAAUUCGAGACGAGAGAUUCCUGUGGAGAGAAGAACUUUACCGACGGAUUUGCCGGGUCCGUCGCGAAGAAGACCUUUCACCAAGAGGCACUCCCCUUCGACGGAAGCUUGCUCAUCGAGCGGAAGUGGUGGAGGAGUAAUUGGCAACGUGGCCACGAGCUCUGGGAUGCAAACGUCCUGCUCCCUUCCUGAAACUCCAGUUUUCGCGAGAGGUAGCGACAUUCCUCGGACACCCCAGCAUGGUGGAAAUCCGACGCAACCCCGUCGGCAACCUGGAUGGUACGCUCCUACUACAGUGACCACUGGGUAUCGAAGAAACAAUCCUGGACUGGAGCAGGCAAUAAUAGGAACGGAAUUGCUGCGAUUGGCAGGGGGUCCAAACAGAGGCUGGUAUCCAACCAGGAAAGCGAAUCAACCUCGACCCGCAUCAAUCGAACACCUGGAGCGCCUCAACAGUGCUUACGAUGCGAGACUCCCUGGUGCCGGUGACCAGAGAAAGCCCCAAACUCUUCCCACCAACAUCACACCCAACAAGUACUUCGGCCAAAGUAAGCACAGCUCCACCUCCAGUACACGCGAGGCGCUACGGAGGGUCACUAGCUUGCUCAUCAAGAAAGGAGGCGGAAGUAAAGAUGGAAAGGGAGGGAAGGAUAAUGUUUCACCUUCCGGUCCAUAUCCGGUCGAUGUCAGCGACGCCCCUAAGAAAAAAGGAUUCUUCAAGAAUUUUUGGAAGAGGUCACGUCACUAUUCUCUGGAAAACCAAUAGCCCAGGUGCGCCAGGGUAACCAAUCGCCAACGACAGCGUCAAGAAAAUCACCAACAAAACCACAUCGCCACCACAACUCUUUCAAGUAACCCUUGCUGCUGUAUUGUUCAGUAACAUUGUGGGCUUUGGAACACUAAAACGGAAGACAAUCCUUUUUGAAACUGCUGCAAGCCUAGAGGUGAGAAUCGUUUAACGAACUUCAAAUGACAUCCACGAAGUCAAAGACGGGACGGAGGAAAAACCGCCAUCAUUCGAAUCUUCAUCUCUCCUGCCUUUUGGUAACAAAAAAAAAGCGAACUAAGAAAUAGAGAAAAAAACACUUAAUACGCAUGAUUGUCGUAGACGAAUGUGAGAGCGAGAGAGAAAGCCUGUUCUUUUUUUGUCGAGCCGUUUCAGCACGGGGUAGUAAAGUGUUUUUUGCGAUUUUCGACAAAGAUAAAUAUACGUGUAUAAUAAUGUUGUCGUGACGUUGGUAGACUCUGGUUUUACGAAUAUGUGUUUAACGUUUGCACAGACCAUGUAAAAGUACGCAAUGUGAUUCAGAAACGUUCUAGCGAGUUCGAAUUAAAAGCCUAGGUCAAUAAUAACGCCGAUUAAUGCCGGUUUUCUCUAAAAACGAAAAAAAAAUUUAGAGAGCGGCCUAAUAUCGCCCCUAUUCUAAACAAAUUUUAUACCUAUUUUUUAUUAAUCACUAAAAUCUCGAUUAAGAUUUUAUAUAACUUUUACUUUUCAAGCAGGAAAUGCAGUUACUCUUUGUAAAUACAUUAGUUUUAAAUUAAUUCCCAAUCAUUCAAUGAAAAAUAUUUAUUUAUAAAUUCUUCUUUUCUUAUCAGUGCCAAAUUUUAGACUAUUUAUCGGCAAUAUAUUUUUUUGUCUAAUUAUUUAUGUGUAGCAAAACGUGUCAUGGACGACAUUAGGCUGAAAUUGCACCGAGCUUAGAAUUGUUUUAAAACGAAAAGGAAUAAUCUUGGUGAGGGAAGAUUUUCAGUUUGGGAAGGACGUUCUAUCGAUUAUGAUCGAAAAAAAAUGACGUACAUAUUUUACUCGGUUCUACACAUCGUAUAGGGCUUCGUAGUUAAAAAGUUUUUGAAUGAGAAAUUAUUAAUGAAAUUUAAUUAAAUUAAUAAUUUCGGACUGAAAUUUCCGGAGAGGUUUUUCUCAGAACGUUUCACGAAACGUCCUAGAGGACACCGUAAAACUGCGAUAAUCGUCCUUAUUAUUAGGGUAAUGAAUAUCGCCACGAACGUCGAAUUAUUCUUUAUGAAUGAUUACUUUUUAAAAAGAGUAUUUGAGAAUAGGUCACUUUAACGUGUAGAUGAUUUGCAACGUGUGAAAUAUAAAAUUUGAAAGAGACUGCGAUCGUGUGAGUGAUUUGUAGACAGAGAUGUUAUUAUUGAAUUACGAUUGCAAGUUCAUAGAAUCAUUAACAUGUUGCAAUGUUACUAAUAAUGCGACGACACGCCCAGUAACGAUAACAAUAUUCUUAAUAACAUUAAUAAGGAUAAUAUAUGAUUAAUUGAGAUUUUUGCUGAUAAUAUAAUGAAAUACGAUAAACAAUCACGGUAAUGCGAUUAUUAUAUUUAAUAUAAUUUUUAAAUUAUAAUAAAGUAA